UUUGGCGUUUAUAAACUCGAUGGCAGACGAAUAUUUGAACUGUUCUUUAAAUCUUAGUAUGCAAGUUCAGCUAUUAGACUGUUUCUCGAUUCAUCAAGUUCUUUGUGUAUUGAAAUAUUGAUUGCAUCUGCUGUUUAUUUUCUCUUAAUCCAUUGAGCAAAGGUUUUAAUCCAAUUUCAAAAUGCUCUUCUUUGAUUAAUUCACUUAAAUUUUACUGCAGGAAACAAGAUACCGAUCGUCUACUUUGUUACGUACGAUCAGUUUUGGAAUGCCGACUGAACAAGCCGUAGCAAAUCCAGCUUCUCAGCGACAGAAUAACAUUGAAGAAAACAAUCGUACUUUCAAUUUUCUGGGAAUUGCAUGCGGCCUUGCAUUCUACUUUUUACUGGGAAUCGAAGAGACUAUUACUUCGCCAUAUUUUUCUUUGCAAGCGAGUAAAAGAGGUUUAACCACUUUAGAAAUUGGUUUAUCUUUUUGUAUAAUGGAAGUGUCAAAUUUUGUAUUUUCGUUUGUUAUUAUGUUUACAAUACGACCGGGGAAAGAAAAGCUUUAUUGUACUUCGGGUAUGUUUAUACUGGGUGUUAGUUCUUGUGCAACCGCCUCUCUGCAGUGGAUCCAUGAAAGGUCUACAUUCUUCACUGUAUCCAUUUUUUUGGAAAUUUUGGUUGGAGUUGGCAAUGCAAUGGCAUUGGCUACUCUGAUUCCUAUCAUCACAUCACUAUCUCUUGAAAAUGCAGGAACCAUUACGUCUCUGGUUGAAGCAUUUCUCAGCUUGGGAGGCCUCGUAGGACCUCCAGCUGGCAGUUUACUCUACAAAUACUUCGGAAUGUUCUUGCCUCCCUUAGUCGCGGGACUACUCGUUGUUUUCUGUGGCCUAAUGUCAACUGUGUUCCUCGCAAACCCACCUCACAUGAGCUUCAGCAAGAAUACUGCUGCAUGCUUAACAUCUCGUCAACAUCAUCGCUCUCAAAAUCACGUGGAAACCAAAAAACGCUCACAUUUGUCAUCGAUAUCAUCAGUGGAAUCCGAAGCAUCAAUAAAAUCGGAUUCGUCUAAUGAAAAUCAUUGCCAGCUAGAGGAGCCAGCGAGCACGAACAGUUCUAGUUUUGACCCGUGGGCCUACAUUAAGUUUAUCAUCAAACCAAACCUGGUCCUUAUCAGCAUGUUGGGAAUCAUUGUCGCUGGUCAGAUGGUGUUUUUCGACGUUUGUUUGCCGCUUUAUCUAGACAGGGUCUUCAAACUGGACGAGAUUCAAAUCGGCCUUAUGUUUCUCACUUUUUCGUUGUCGAAUGUGGGAAUGGUUCCGCUGUAUGGAGUGGCAAUAGACAGGGGCUACGGAAUGCAUAUCACACUGCUGACGGCGUUUGGGUUCUCGGUUGUGUUUGGAGUGCUCUACUUGCCGGAAGUAUUUCCACAACUCCAGACUAUCUGGUUUAUAUCGGUAUCAUUCGUCAUGGCCGGGUGCUUUUCAGCUGGCGCUUUUGUGCCCUCAUAUCUCAUAUAUGAAAAAAUAGCCCAGUACUACAGCUUCGAAAAUCUCAAGCAGACAAAGCUUAUGGUCGCAACAUGGUGCAACAAUCUGUUCGCAAUCGGUGCUUUCGCGGGAUCAACUGUGCUAGCAGGGCCUGUUUUUGAGAACUUCGGAUUCAAUUACAGCUGUUUAGUUAUCUCAGUGACGACGCUGGUAUUCCUCAUUGGAUCGAUAUUUGUAGCUUUCAAAAUGAACAUGAUGACGAAGAUGUAUUAUGUCGAAGAUGAUGAUGAAGAUAGUGCCAAUGCGUCUUCAGUAGAAGCUGCGAAUGAAGCUGAAGCUGUUGAUUUAAUACAGAAAGAGAGGCUGUCAACCACUAAAGUUGAUUUCUCUCUUGACUGUCAGUCCAAUAUGUCAUCAAAGUCCUCUCCAGGCGAUAAUGAUGCGCUCUUAGAAGAUCAGUUCUAUUCACUCACGCCUGUGGCUGUUUAGUUUAAUGUUUGUUUUGGAAUAUUUUGAAUCUAUUUAUACAUGAUUGUUUCACUUGCGAUAUUAAGUGUAUUGCAAGCAGAUACUAGAAUUUUUUUCCUAGAAUUACUAGAACAACGUUGCUCACUGGAUACACGCAUGAUCCUCCUCGGCGGACCGGACUUGCCAACUAACAGACAUAGUUUAAGUAGAUUUGCAUUUCAAAUGCCCCUCGAUUUACACAAGCGAA